CCCACAACAGUCGAGCAUUGUGAAAAGUCAGUAUUUAGAGCGUGGGGUCCGUAAAGUCAGCGAAAAGAGGACCCUUGUUCACACCACUCGCAGAUGAUCAAAAUUUGUGGAGUGCUUCGAUCAACCGAUGCGACAAGAGCUACCUGAGUUUAAAACAGUCCUAGUGAAAUAUAAAGGAUAUUUCUCCACUUACGGCCUACAUUGGGCAAAAAUCGCCAAAGAAAGGAUGAAAAAACUCGCAAAGAGAUUUCAGAGACGGUGGUUAUAAAACGUGAUGCAACUUAACCUUGUCGCCACAGAUAAACAAGAUAUAGAAGUAUUAGUAGCAUUCACUAAUCUUGGAGUUAUCGCACCGUCCUUGCUAACGACCUGUUAUAUAUCUGUUAAUUCGAACUGUUGAUGGUUUCACGUGUCAGGGUGGCUGACUGAGAAGUUUAAAUCAACAAAGUGAAGUUUACAGGUGAUCAUAUGAUGUCCCGAUGUGAGGAGCCACUCAGAGGAGGCAAGAACGCCGAGGAGUACAUAAGUGUCGAUUGUCAGAUGGCAGACGCUGAUGAAAUAAUCGCUGAACAAGAACCAAGCGCUGAUCAGCGUGAAGGUUCUAAUGAUGAGGAGCUGAUUUAUAAAAUCUACGAAAGCCCUCCGGCUGUUUCCGUGAUUUUUUUCGGCUUGCAGCAAGCCAUAUUAUGUGUCGCUGGCACCAUGUCUCUGCCACUGACGUUGACCAGUCUUCUGUGUGAGGAGAACAACAUUAACCUCCAGGCGGAGCUGCAGUGCAACGCUAUGUUUGUGUCGGGGAUCGUCACGCUGAUCCAGUGUACAGUGGGAAGCAGGCUACCGAGUAUACAGGGAGGAAGCAAGGCGUUUCUGGCACCCAUGAUAGCUUUGCUCUCCAUAGAGCAGUUCAAAUGUGCUUCCGAUCUAAACCAAUAUGCAGGCCAAACAGAUGCAGUGAAUUCAAGUUUAGACUUAAACACGACGGCCGUCGGUGUCAUAACGUGGCACGAGCGCCUCAAUGUUGUGCAGGGAAGCCUCAUCACUGCGUCCUUAGCUCAGGUACUGCUUGGGUGCACAGGUGCCAUUGGUUUCAUGUUGCACUUCAUAGGACCUUUGACUAUUGCGCCAAGCAUCAUCAUGAUUGGGCUGUCGGUGUAUGAAAUUAUAGCAAAACUGGCACAGCCACACUGGGGACUAUGGGCCUUGACUUGCGCCAUUGUAAUCAUAUGCGGAGUAUUCCUCGAGAAAGUGGAAGUACCUUUUGUUUGGUGGAACAAGAAACGCGGAUUUCAUAAAGUCAGCUGCAAACUCUUCGUCUUGUUUCCGGUCCUAUUUGGAGUUAUCAUAGCCUGGUCGGUGAGCGGCAUCAUGACAGCUGCCCAUGUCCUACCCGAGGGAGCCGACACCCCAAGUUUUAAGGCACGGGCUGACUUUGGCAUUGGCUCGGUACGGAAUGCCAAGUGGUUUUUUGUUCCUUACCCAGGUCGGUAUGGGCUGCCUACAGUGGCAUUAGGAGGAAUAUUAGGGAUGCUCCUUGCCACCCUUUCGUCAGUGGUUGAUACCUUGGGAGACUACUAUGUUGCGGCUAGAAUGUGUGAGAUCCCGCCCCCUCCAAGCCACGCCGUCAACCGGGGAAUAUUGGUGGAAGGACUGGGCAGCGUUCUUGGGGGUUCCAUCGGCAUUGGUCAUGGUACGACGGUUUAUAGUGGAUGCAUUGGCUUCAUUGGAAUAACAAAGGUGGCCAGUAUAAGAGUGUUCCAGGCGGCAGGUGUAAUAAUGAUCAUUAUGGGGCUAUGUGGCAAAUUUGGUGCCCUCUUGGCGGCCAUUCCUACUCCGAUACAAGCUGGGGUCAUGACUAUUGGGUUAGGGGUGGUGAUUUCAGUGGGCAUUUCCAAUGUGAAGCACGUCCAUCUCUCCACAAGAAACGUGUCCAUCCUCGGGAACUCGAUCCUUAUGGGAUUCGUGGUAUCGGAAUGGGUGAAAAAACACACUGAUGCAAUUGACACCGGAAGCCCAGAAGUCGACCAGAUGUUGAUUGUCCUCUGUACAACGCCAAUGUUUCUCUGUGGAGUGCUGGCGUUCAUUCUAGAUAACACAGUGCCAGGGACUCUAGAAGAGCGCGGCAUACUUAGCAUGCGAGCAGAAUUGACCACGAAUUCCACAGCAGGGUCACAGGGCGCCCACAUUUGUGAACUGGAGAGCUACAGACCCUACAACAUUCCUUAUCUGACCCCCUGGCUGCAGAAAUAUAGCUGGUCUAGAUUCAUACCGUUCCUUCCUACUUUUAAAGAAUCGUCCUUAAAAUGUCGAAUUAAUUGUUGUGAAAAAGCCAAAAGGUGUUUCAAACCGAGCUGCCGGGUUGUGUAGGCGAAUAUUGAAUAUUAUGCAUGAAUAUGUUGUUGUGGUUGCACAAUUUGACAGCAAGAAGCUGACUGCACGACCAGUUUUUCAAAACUGUUGCAGGAAAUAUCCGAUUGAAUCUUACUAUGAACUGCAACCUUGCGUUUCUGUAUCCAUGUAUAAGGAGUGUCUCCAGGGAAAAUUUUUUUGGUUUCGAAACGGUUUAUGCGCUCGAAAUAUUAUAAGAGUUAUUUAGCAUAAAUGUCAGAAUAAAUCAACUGUAAAUUGACUAAAGACAUUUGAGUUACAGACACAAAGAAAUGUUACUGAGGACUCCCAUGGUUAUGAAUUCUGCCCCACAACUGGCCGAUCGGUGAAUGAAAGGGUGUUAGAUGCAGUAGUUGCUUUGCACUAAGCACAAAAUAUAAGCGAUAAUUUUUAACAUCUGUAAGGUAUAUACCGGUACUAUAGUUUUUAUUAAGGAUAAGGGCGUCUCUAGGUUAAACAUACUCAAUACAUUUAUUUAAUAAUAAUAAUAAUAAUA